CGCCUAUACCGCAACGUCCACCGUAAAGACCGCUAGCAAAUGCAGGGACCAAAUGUCAUAACAUCCCCAUGUCGAAACUCCCAUGGUCUCGGGCAUGCUGAUGGGAACUGCGCGAGAGUUAUACUAAGAAUUCGCGUGCGAGGGUAAGUUCGUCAACUCUGUCUUUGCUACCAUGGUGGACUUUCCCGCUUUGCCCGGGUUCUACAAGGCCCUGUUUCUCUAUGUCGAGCCAAUAUCUACAAUGCUGCCUGCGAUCAUGGCUUGGACCUUCCCCGGUGCAGCCUGGUUCCAUCGAGAACUCAUACCACCCUCGGGUGCUCUCCCGACGGCACCUCUGGACCGCAGGUCGCAAAUGGCGAUCUGGCAACUGGGUAACUGCUACCUAUUAUUGGGACUCAUAUCGUCGUUCGUCUUUCGGGCUGUAAGGGAUGCGUUGCCCGGGGAUCCCGUGUCCCAAGAACGUAUAUUGGGCGCAAGCUUUACGGCCUUAGCUAUCGCGGAUUUAACUCAUGUUAUUGCCACUUUCGUGGCACUACCUCCUGAGGCAAAGUUGGCCCCAGGGACUUGGAAUCCCAUGACGCACGGGAAUAUCACCUUCACGCUGUUUCUGCUCUGUUCCAGGUUGGCAUGGUUCAAUGGUAUAGGUCGGAAGACGUACUAUUAUGGCGUUAAACAGGGAGGGCAGGGCUCUGACUACAAGAGCAAAAACGCGUAGACCGCGAUGUCCUAAGGAGGUCGUUUAGGUUGUUGUUACCGUUUAUUUAUCACAUUUACUGCUUUACGCAUCGGAACACAUUCGAGCUCUGUACAUGUAUAUUCGAAAACGGUGUCUAACG